GAGAUGACUCAAUCUAGUGAGAAAAAUGUUGAAAACAUUUAGCUCAUUCUUCGAAAAUAUCAAAGACUAGUGGAAAUAGAAAACUUGUCUUAAGGGUACAGAUUCAUUUGUUUGAAUUACACAACACCAUUUUUUGCAAAUGAUGAACAGAAAAUCCAUGGUUUUUUGAGAUGUAUUAAUUUCACCUAGUUUGAUACACCAGAUACACAAAUACGACCCAAAAGCCAUGAUCUUUUUGGCGGGAAAUUUGAAAUUAUCUUUUUCGACAUUUUUAUCAUCCCUGCACAGGAGCAUUUUUGGCGCCUUUAAUUUUGGCGCCUUUUAUCACUGAUUGUUAAUAUAUUAUCACAUGAUACGAUUCAGUAUUCUGAUUGGUCUAUUUGCUAAAUCCAUCUCAAGACACCCAAACGUGCCCGCGCCAAAUCAACGGACAGUGGGUUGUGACAUCGGAAGAAACUUGGCGCUCUGCAAGGUGAUGCAACAAGAAACUCGGCCUUACAGAUACUGUUUAAAUGAUACUGUAAAGGAAACAAUCAAGCACUGCACACCAUCAUUCAAAAUGAUGAAAUCACUUGAAAGGAGUAAAUCUGAUGAAGACAUCAGAGAUGCAGGUUUUAAAUUGAAGCUGGAAAAAACUGCAAAUAGUCUACCAAUAACACCGCAAAAGCAAGCUGGAAUGGCUCUAUCUUCAGAAGAUCCAUUGACACCAACAGCAAAUUUGAAAAUGCUCGUUUCUGCUGCAUUUGGAAUUGCCAGUGCAAGAGACGAAGGUAGACAGAAGAGGGAACUCUUUGUUGAUAAAAACGAUGAUGAAGACAACUGCAGCACUAGUUCAGAUUCAACCGAAGACAAGGAUAAACAAGAUUAUUUUGAAAGAGACAGAAAUGGAGGAUUUGAUAAGAAAGAUCUUGGUUCUGGCAGAAAAUUAAAGUCAUUGGGUCUCCUUUGUCAAAAAUUUUUAAGUAAAUAUCCAGAAGGAUCCGAGGGAAGCAUAAUAUCUCUACAUGAGGUUGCAAAGGAAUUAAGUGUUGAGAGACGAAGAAUUUAUGAUAUUGUAAAUGUUUUGGAAAGUUUAGAAUAUGUAACCAAACAAGGAAAGAACACUUAUGUCUGGCAUGGCUCAAGCAGACUAGUUCCAACACUUAGUAAACUAAAGGCUCUUGCCAAAAAGAUCUAUGGAGGAAAAGGCUCUACAAAUUUUGAGAAUGUUGAUAAAAAUAAUAUUCCAUCACUGUGGCUUAGUAAUGGAAUUAUGGUCAGAGACCAAGAAUCAGAUAAUUCUAACAGUGAAAAUGCGUCGACUGCAAGCCAAGAUGAAGAUAAGGGGAGACGAAGAAGCAAAUCUUUAGGGAUUUUCUGUCAAAAAUUGAUAAUGCUUUUUAUGGCAGCUGAGAACCCUGUAAUUGCAUUAGAAGAAGCAGCUAAGGAAAUUAUUGAAGGAACAGAAGACCCUCAUGGAAAGACAAGAACAAAGGUCAGGAGGCUUUAUGACAUUGCAAACAUUUUGACAAGCAUGAGACUCAUUGAAAAGACUGGAUCACGUAAAGCAGCAUUCAAAUGGGUUGGGGUUGAUUUAGAAUCAUUGCAGCCAGAUACAGAAACACUUGAACAGACAUUGAGUGGAAGCCUUGACUACAUGACAACAAAGCACUCUUUAUUCAGUAUGCCAUAUACUGUGGAAUCUAGAUCUUUGCAAAGCUCUGUAAGAAAACUUGAAAGCAGAUCAUUAUCAGCCAGCAACAUUGCCAUUCGAAAUCUGAAUCCUCAGAAAAAGAACAAGAUGCCACGUACCAAAUCUGCUGCAACAAUUCACACUAGAAAAAGGUCAAGCACCGACAGUAAAGACGAGAAGACUUGCAAAUUUAUGAAACCAGACCAAGACAACAAAUGCCCAGAAAAAACUAGCCUGGGAAGCAUUGAAACAAAUGACAAAAAGACAACUGCAAAAGACCUUAAUGAUGAAAGUGACAGAGCUGGUCAAAUUGAAGAAACUGAUGUCCAAUCUCCAAGGAGGAUUGCAAACAUUAAAUCUGAACAAGUGAGUCCAAAUGAAAGAAUUUUUCGUGAAGAGUUUAAGAGGCUACAGGAAAGAUUUCCAGAAAAGCUGCAGAAUCCAAAUGGAUUAUUGCACCUUAUAACUGCUCACAAUGAAAUUCAGAAACAGGAAACCCAAAGUGACACAUCCAAGGAUAGUGAAUUUUCUGAUAAAGGGAGCCGUUGUUGUCUUCUUGGGAGGUUGGAAGAUGAAGGAUCACCAAUAAGCAAAGCAGGAUUGAUUAAAGAUAGUUCUUCAUUAGGAGGACAUGCAAAAAAUACCUUGAAAGACAGCAAGGCAAAAGUUUUGUCAUUAUCUUGUUUAGAAGUUAUCAUGGACCAGUAUAAUGGUAAAAAGAAGGCUAUUACUCUGCGUAAUGAACUUGAAAAGGUACUUACAAAGACAACAGAGAAUCCAAAAGACAAAAGGUUGCUUGUUGAUCAGGCCAUAACAGAAAAAAGUAAAAGAGUUGUGCAGACUGCCUCGAUAGGAAUUCAAGCUUCAUUUGGUGAAUCUAUUGGGCCAGUAAAUGAAGAGGCACCAACAGCCACAAAGAAACGGAAAGCAAAUUUUAAUGAAUGGAUUUCAAGUGCAUCUUCUGGAAAUAUCAGAAGCAAAACAUCAACAGAAGUUAAUAACAUAAAAUCUACAAAGGAGUCUCCAAGACUUCCAGCACUCUCUACAGCAAGCUCUGUGUCUCUCAAUGACAUAAGGACAAGCCCAUCAACCAAGCCAGCAGGUUCUGUGUUUUUAGUUAGUCUAAAACAGUCUCCAAAUGGGCAAAACAGAAGUUUAGCAGAUGCUAUUGCAUGUCUAAAAGGAAAUUGCUCUUCGCAAUUAGCACAACUAAUGCCACAGAUCAAUGUCAGUGACAGUGAAAAGCUAAAAACACCAAACGUGGAGAACAAUGGUGUUGUUGAGAUGGUACCCAUUGCACCAACUCGUGUCAAUAUACGGCCGAACACAGCUGAAAAGGAAAACAGUCAUUAUUUAGAUGCCUUUCUUACCCAAUCCAGUCCAACUCUCAAAGACAUAUCAGGAAGAGCAGUUUUUCCUUUGCAAUCUGUUGACACAAAUAUGCAAAAUACUUCACCUGUCAUAUUCUCGAAAGGAAGCAGGCUGUGUGAAGAGACACCAAUGCGUUAUGAUGUAGUUGAUAUUAAAGCACAAAAAGUUCAAAGACAACUUCAUCGAUUUAUCACUGACAAUAAAUGAAUUUAUCUACUUCCUACCAUUGAUUUACACUUUACAAAGAAUUUCACCUAGAUUUUGCUUUUUGAUAAAUUUUAUUUAAGUCAUUGCUAAAUUGGUUCUCUGUCAAUUUUCUAUUAUAAAAAGUAAAACAUAGUUGAUAAAAUACUUUUCUAUACUUUGCCAUUGUUUUUCACUGAAUAAAGGCUUUUCCCAUUGUUUUUUUAAUUGGGACUAAGAGCUGGGCUGUGUAUUCUCCCCUGUAUACACUCUUUAUGCCUGUAAGAUACUUCAAAGAAGUCACCUUAUUAAGUGUAACUUAUUCUCCACUUGAUGAACACAUAGACUUCAGCCGAAACAUUGUUCAGACUAUGAUUGCUGAUAGCAUGCAAUUAAAUGUUCAUUACAGGACUUGUUAGAUAACAGCAUAUAUAUAUAUGAUGCUGAUAGAUUUUCCUUUAUGCAUAUUUGUAUCCACUGUUGUAUCCACCUUUCUCUCAUUAGGUGUAAAUCUUUAAUUCUCGCAUAAACAAAAAAGUAUUAUAAUAACUAAAGGAUGUGUGUGUUUUUAAAUAUUUUGCAAUAAUUCUAAUUAACAGCCAAGUUUUGUUCCGUUAACAAUUUUAUUUGAUUUAUUUUUGUUCAUAUAGCUAGAAUUUUGCUUCAAAGAAUACCUUAAAAAAUACUCUUUAAUGGAACUUUAUCUUUAUAUAUGGUAUUGGAGUUUACUCUGCCAUCAACAUGAAUAAUUUUUUUUACCUUGCAACAAUCCAUGUUACGAGCAAGUUUUUAAUUGUAAAGAUACUCUUCUUCUUAUUUUACUGUAGUUAUGUAACAAGAUUGAAAUCUUACAAAAUAAAUCUUUAUUUUUA